AUGAGGAUAUACACAUCUAGGAGUAUUGAGAUUUCUCGCGAACUAAAUCUUACCGAGUUGCUUCACACAAGCGCAACUCCGAUACCAGAGUCCCAUGUCAUCGCCGCCGAUAGUCUGACGAACCGGAGCAUCACCCUCGGCGAGCUGAGGGAUCGCGCAGGCCGGAUUGCAAAGGGGCUUACGGAAAAGCUGAAUCCACCGGAUCAAGCCCGGUGGGUUAUUGUGGUACCGAAUUGUGUCGAAUUUCUCGAGGUCUUUCAUGCCAUCCUCUGGACAGGCGGUGUUGUGUGCCCCAUCAACCAUGCUCUCAAAGCAUCUGAGAUUGGCCAUGGCAUUGCCGUCUCAAGACCUCACUUUAUCGUCGCGUAUGGUUCAAUAUUAGAGACCGUCAUCCAGGAGGCCGUGGAUAUGGCGGCGAGAGAGCUUCGUCAGGAUGGUGCUCUCUGGGCAUCGCCACCAAUACUCUCUAUCGUGAAACGAAGCAAGCGGGCGAGACACAUUCCAGAUGACUUCAUGGCAUCAAGUCAACUCACCAUACCACACUGGCCAGACACCUCGAAUCGACUGGCCUCAAUACACCUUUCAUCCGGAACAACAGGCAAACCAAAAGGCGUCGAACUGACGCACUACAACUUCGUCGCCAAUGUCAUGCAACUCGUCGCCCUAGACCACAAACGCCAAAUGUUCAACUCGGCCUGCAGGAUCGUCGCAUUUACACCCUGGGCUCACAUCGCCAUGACCACAGCUCCCCUCUUCCUCGGUCCGUAUACCGGCAUGUUCCAUCACGCGAUGCCACAGUAUAGCAUCGAGGAGUUCGGCAGGCUCGUGGGCUCUACGCAAGCUACGAUGUUUCAAGGCGUUCCGAGCGUGGUACUAGGCCUGGCAAACUCGGAUGUAACAGAGCGGUACGAUUUCUCCAAGGCGCAGGUUAUCAACAUCGGCGGCGCACUGCUGAAGCCGGCGCAGCUCUCGAGGCUACUCAGUCGGGCGCCGUGGAGGCUGAUUCAGGCGUACGGGAUGACGGAGGCGGCGGGGUAUGUGGCUUACCAGGGGUUUGACGAAGUCGUUCCUGAUGGCUGUACCGGGAAACUUUUGCCUGGUAUCGAGGCCGCCCUUCAAAAGGAGGGAACGACUGAAGACGCACCACUAGGCGGCCCUGGAGAGCUAUGGCUCAGAGGCCCGAAUAUCACGCGGGGCUACGCGUUCAACCCAAGCGCGAACAGAGAAGCAUUUCCAGUCGAGGGGUGGUACAAUACCGGAGACGUGUGCCGUAUAGACGAGCAGGGACGGCUGUCUAUUGUCGGGCGCACAAAGGAGUUGAUCAAGUACAAGGGCUUUCAGGUGAGCCCGACGGAACUCGAGCAGAUUCUCAACUCUCAUCCCCUUGUGAGGGAAUCUGGCGUCGGGGCUCUCUGGGACGAGAGCCAGCUGACGGAGGUCCCCGCCGCAUGGGUCGUACUGAAGGAAGACGAUAGGAACAAGAUGAAGGAACGUGGAGAGAUCAUUGGAGCUCUCAGGAAAAUCCAGAAGGCUGUAGAUGAGCAAGUUAGUGGGUACAAGAAGCUCAGAGGCGGUGUUUGGGUUGUUGAUAAACUCCCGAGAAACCCCACAGGGAAGAUUUUGAGGAGGGAUUUGGUGCGGAUGACUGAGGGGUUGUGUUCCUUGGAUGGUGGCAAGAAGUUCGUCGCUAAGCUCUGA